CAUUUAAAAAAUACAUAUUUUAUACAGAUACCAUUGAGGGAGACAAAAAGAAUACACGAAAAUAAUAUAUGAUAGGAUAAAUAACUGGUAUUUCUUCUAUUGGUAUCGGAGGGGUCUAAAACGUAAACCGCCUUUUUUGUUCUUUUUUUGCUUUUCCUGAAAAAUCGUACUUUUUGGUCUUUUAGUAUCAAUUACUCAGGCUACAAUUGACCUACCGAGUCCGGACUUCUUUUAUUUGACGCAGAAUCGCCUUAUCUACGAAAACAGUGCAGGCGGUUUUUCCAAAAUGUAUUUAGUUAAAAAAAUAAAAAAUUUGAAGUGUGAAAAAACAAAAAAUUUUGUUUAAAGUUGUCCUGUUUUGUAGUUUAGACUUUGUAGAAUCUAAAAAAAGGUUGAGUACGAUCGGAUAAGGAUAAGGCAUAACUGAGAAAAAUCUACCGAAAAAUCGCGAAUCGCGAAGUUGAGCCUACAAGCGAAUGGUCAUUUUACGAGCCGUGUAUUACGAUCGCGUAAGGAAAUCUCAUAAUAUUCGACUGAUUAACAUUUAAUGCAUUAAUACUGAAUUUUACUGUUGUAGCCUCUUACGCGUUCGAAUUAUUUAAAAAUCUCAUCCAUCCGAUGAUAAUAUUGAACCGACGAACAUCGUAUCGUCGAUAUGUGGAUCACACGGAUAAAUGGUACAACACCGAAUGAUCUAUAAAUCGAAACGUGAGAUGUAAAAAUGAGCGGAACCGGUGGUUCAAAGGUGCACAGAAUGAGUGGUCUGAAAAAUACAGAGUCAACGCGCGACGCGAUAACUACGUGCUUCAUCGAGCAGAGCAAGCGAAUGGAAGAAUUUGCAAAGUCAUCCGCGUCACCUACGAUCACGAGUGCUGUUUCACGGUCGGACUUUCCUUCGUGACUGUUUUGUGCGCGUUUUUCUGUUGAUCACAAAUAUUUGAUUAUGAUCAAUAACAACUGUGCGAUUCUCAGCUCACUACAGUGACACGUAUAUAUAUACAUAUAAAUAGUUAUAUCCCGUUUUAUCUUCGAUAUAUCAAUUUCUCGUUCGUUCUUGUCGCACCUUCUUUUUUACCUUGUUUCGUGACUCGUACUCGUUGUGUACAUGUAUAUACAAGAAUGUACAAGUGUGUCAAGCAUGGGCAGUGUACGGGUUUCUUGAGAAGCCGAUCGUGAAUAUCAGGCUAAUUCGUAAUAGGCUUCUUGCUUCUUCGUAACGUGCCGACGGAAACGUUACACAUGACAAUUCAGUAAGGGAGGAUAUAGUCUAUAUACGUAUAUGUGGUGUGUAGUGACAAAACGGAACAUCUAAUGUUUGUUUCUCGACAAAGGGGAGACUGUCAGUGUUCAAGAUCUCGUCGAAACACGUGCGUAUGUUAAUUCUGUGUUUGACGCGUGCCCAUGAUCAACGACAUACCGUGCUCGUUGAGACGCAGAUCCAACGUAUUUGUUUAAUUCCUGCGUCGUCAUCGUAUAACAUCAAUGAAUUAAUCGUCGAAUUAUGAUCGUACGGUCGCACCUUUUCCCCCCCCCUCUUUAUUUAGUCUGCGUCAAGAAAAUUAUCGAACAACUUAUUUCUUCGAUAAUUUUCACUUUUUAAUACUGCCCGAGGCUCGUCGAUCGUUCAAUUUAUUUUAAUGGAUGAAGAAGAUCGUUAUGCAAAGAAAGGAGCUAGAAGUAGCUUCCAACCUCCGAACCUUGGAUCCAAUUUGCCCUUCAUGACAGAUGAUGACAAAGAUUUGGAAGAAAUAGAAAAGCAUGGAGAUCUUGGUGACAUGACAUUUUACAUGACCAAUUACAUUAAAGAUGCCAUGAAGAUGAUGUUUAUAAUGCGUAGUCAUCAUAUGCUUACCGAUGUUAUACUCGAAGUAGGAUCAGAACUAUUCUAUGCGCAUAAAGUCAUUUUGGCUGCUGCGAGCCCAUACUUUAAGGCAAUGUUUACUGGAGGUUUAAAGGAAUCUGAAAUGACUAGAGUAAAACUUCAAGGUGUGUGUCCGACAACUAUGGCACGCCUAAUGUAUUUUAUGUAUACAGGUCAAAUAAGGGUUACAGAGAUUACUGUGUGCUCGCUUUUAUCGGCAGCCACCAUGUUUCAGGUUAGUAAUGUCAUAGAAGCGUGUUGCGUUUUUCUGGAAAGACAAUUAGAUCCCACAAAUGCUAUUGGAAUUGCAAAUUUUGCUGAACAACACGGUUGUCACAAUUUAAACCAAAAAGCGAAUCAGUUUAUUGUUCAACAUUUUAGUCAAAUAUGUCAAGAAGAGGAGUUUCUACAAUUAUCGGCAAUACAACUGAUAGCGCUGGUGAGAAAGGAUGAGCUAAAUGUGCAAGAAGAGAGAGAAGUAUACAAUGCUGUGUUAAAAUGGGUGAAGUAUAACGAGGAAGCGAGAGGACCUAAAAUGGAACAUAUACUACAUGCUGUGAGGUGUCAGUAUUUAACUCCAAAUUUUUUACGGGAACAAAUGAAAAACUGUGACGUAUUAAAAAAAGUACCUGCGUGUCGGGAAUACCUUGCGCAAAUCUUUAAGGAUUUGACUCUUCACAAGAAGCCGGUAGUGAAAGAAAGAACGCCUAAUACUCGAAGGGUAAUAUAUAUUGCGGGUGGUUUUCUGAAACAUUCGCUGGACGUAUUGGAAGGAUACAAUGCGGAUGACAGGACGUGGACUCAACACGCCAAGUUGGUUGUUCCUAGAUCUGGUUUGGGUGGAGCAUUCUUGAAAGGCAUGUUUUAUGCUGUUGGUGGCAGAAACAAUUCACCAGAGACCAGAUACGAUAGCGAUUGGGUUGAUAAAUACAAUCCUGUAACAGAUCAAUGGAGGCCUUGUAGUCCAAUGUCUGUGGCAAGAAAUCGCUUAGGAGUAGCUGUGAUGGACGGGUUGUUGUAUGCUGUUGGAGGUAGCGCAGGUGCGCAAUAUCACAGUAGCGUUGAGUGUUACGAUCCAGACCAAGAUUCAUGGACAAAUGUAAAACCGAUGCACAUAAAAAGAUUAGGAGUUGGAGUGGCAGUGGUCAACAGAUUACUCUAUGCUAUCGGUGGUUUCGAUGGGACAAAUCGGCUCAAUUCUGUAGAAUGUUAUCAUCCAGAAAACGACGAAUGGACGAUGGUUUCAUCUAUGAAAUGUAGUCGUUCGGGAGCAGGGGUAGCUAGUCUUGGACAGUAUAUAUAUGUUGUAGGAGGAUACGAUGGAAAUAAGCAGUUAAAUUCUGUUGAAAGGUACGACACGGAGCGAGAUGUGUGGGAAUACGUUAGUAGCGUUAGUAUUGCUCGCAGUGCGCUCAGUGUAACAGUUCUAGACGGAAAAUUGUAUGCAAUGGGGGGAUACGAUGGUGAACAUUUUUUAAAUAUCGUAGAAAUCUACGAUCCUACAAAAGAUACUUGGGAACAAGGUGUAGCUAUGACUUCAGGUAGAUCGGGUCAUGCAAGUGCAGUGUCUUACCAUCAAUGUCCUGUACAUUGCGAUCACUUAGAUCACAAUAUAUCGUUAGAGAAACCACCGUCGUGAUACAUGUAACAUUUUUGGACUUUAGUUUAGCCGUUGAUAUAAAGAAAUUUUUAAAUAGGAAAACUUUGUACAAGAAGAAAGGGAGGAGAACACACAGCAACAAAUGUCAGAGUGAACACUCGAAACAGUAAAGAAAACCCUUCCUCAAUUACCACAGACUGAUCACCUUUCAAGCAUCGAAUAAGUCUAGUUCCUGAUAUCACAGAUAUGUUUUCAAAGAAUUUCAAGAUUCUAACGAUUAAUCGUCAUAAUUAAUUUUAUUCCUCGAAGGACCAGUGAUUUACUUCCAUUAAAAAUAGGAUUCAGUAUAAUGUAUAUAUUUUUAUAAAAUCAUAAGGCCUAAACAAAUGUAUAUAUAAGUAUAUGCGCGUGUGCGUGCGUGCGUGCGUGCGUGCGUGCGUGCGUGCGUGCGUGCGUGGCUGUGUCUGUGUCUGCGAGUGUCGCUUGUGCGUAUGGGUAAUAUUAUUUUUGAGAAAUUUUUAUAGAAUUUUCUUAUUUGAAUCCCUGUAUAUUUGUAAUAUAUGUUAAAAUAAUAUUUCAAAUAUAUAUGUAUGAAAAUA